UUAACCCAUUUGAGUCGAGUGUGACCAGCGACCAAAACUGCAUACAGAGAAUCAUAAAGCAAAAUCAAUAUUCGUGGAAUGUUGAGGUUGCUUCAACUCCUCAAUCUCAUAUUAAAAGUUGCAACCGUAUCUUUUUGCACUUAAAAAAGAAAGCACGGUGGAAUGAAGAGAACAAGAGUGACAUGGCCAGAGGGAAGUGCCUUUGGAAUUUUUCCUACAACAAUACUACUCUCUUUCUUUCCUUUUUCAGUAUUGCUGUUCUUGCUCUCUUCGUUUUUCAAUCUCUUUAUGCUUCUCUUUCUAUUCACUCUACUAUCGUUUCCCCUAAAGAUGUUGUGUCUUAUAGCCCGGAUCAGAUUCAGAAGAUGGAAGAAUCAGCGCGAAUCCGCAUGGCAUAUAAACCAGUGGAGUUGAUUAAAUCGGUGAAGGCUUUAGAAGGAGAAUUUUCAAUAGACAAUUUGGCGGUUGGGUUACCGAAGUAUAUAAAGCAGAAAAUAGUUGAUGAAAUUUUGCAUAGACUAAGGAGCUUGAAUUCCAGUAGCACUGAUAUUGCUAAGGAACGAGAAGUUAUUGAAAGUUGGCGCAAGGAAAAACUCAAAGAGGUUAGGUUGGCUCAUGUGAAUGGGAGUUCUAACUCUACCAUAUCUCAUGAAGAGACUGGUGUGAUAUUAAGAGCUUUGGAGUCUGAUUGGGAUGCACUUUGCGAAGAGAUCGGUCUUUGGAUACCUGCUCAAAUCGUUAUCGAAGAACAUGAUGACAAACCUGAGGGCAGAGAGGAGUUUGAGAAGGAGGUUCUUCCUGGCAGACCCCUUCCAUCUGAGUGUCAUGCAGAACUUCACACCGAUUAUGAUGGUACUGCAGUAAGAUGGGGUCUUACUCACCACAAAGAUAGUGCAGCUGAAUGCUGUCAGGCUUGCUUGGAUCAUGCAAGACAUGCAAAAGAGGGUGAAAAGAAAUGCAAUAUUUGGGUUUAUUGUCCAUCUGAGUUUGGGUGUCAUUCUCCAGACAUCUACCAACACAAACAUCAAGAAUGCUGGCUGAAAUAUGAUGAGAAACCUCGAUUAAAUUUUAAAGACAAGUAUCCUGAAUCAUAUCAAAAUUUAUACCCGUCAGCACCAGUAAUUGUUCCAUGGGUCUCUGGAGUUGUUAGCUUAUGAGCCAGGUAACCAACACCAGAAUAACCCAACUAGGGGGCGCAAAGCUAGCUCAGGCAAAGCUUUCAUUUGUUUAUUGGUAAUAUAUUUGUUAUUCUUAAACAUGUUGUGGAAAAGAAAUGAACCCGGGGGACAAAUAACACCCUCGAUGAUAGUUUAGGACUUCAUUUUGGUCAAUUCGAUUUUGACAUACUCACCAAGUCACGAAUCAAUGUCAAGGAUUAUCCACCAGUGUCUGUCCAAGCCUGACGUUGAGGAUAAAUGACUUUUAACUGAUUAAAAGUAGUUUGUUGUACGUUAUUUGAUUACAUAACUCAUUAUAUUGUACAGAUACUAAAUUGUUGUCUUACCUUGUGUUUUUGUCUAA